AUGUCCACACUGGCCCUUACUGAAGGUAUGGCAGCGGCCAAACAGAAAGCUUACCCAGACACAGUUACACAAGUCUCCCAGAAAUCUGCUUCUGAACCCUCUUCAGUCCAAGUGCAAGAGCACGGAACGGUUGCAAGAGACAGUUUAAAAGAACUCUUGCUCCAGGCACGACCUCCCCCACCCGGACGCAGGCGGGCAGACGCGGCAGAGAGGGGCAGGUCUUAUUGGCGUGGAGACUGUACAAGGGCACUUUUCCUUACAACCCCCAACAGCCGCGACCCUAAGGCUUCCCCGGCCCGGAGCCGCUCCCGCGCCGCGCGCCUCCCUUCCAGUCCGCCGCUCCCGCGCCCGGAUUCCCCAAAGGGCCGCCCAGGUCGCCCUCGAGUCCCCGCCCCCCGCUUCCCCGUCGGCCUUAUCCCUCCCGGAGUACCGCUGGGCUGCAGUUCUCUGGUUUUAAUAAAACCCGAGUGGCCCCGGGCUAGCGGGCUUUCCUCCUGGAGGCAGAGGCGGGGAGAGGAAGGGAAAAAAGGAAAGGCCGGAGGAUCCCCUCACCGCCCUCCCAGAGCUCCGCGUGGGGCGAGGGCGGGCGCGCCCCGGCUCUCGGUGCCGACCCGCCCCGCAACCCCGCAGAGGCUCUCUGAACUCAGUCAGGUUUUGUUCUGCCCGAAAAAAGCACUCGCUCUCCCAGACGGCGCUUCCCUAGACCUCCCAUCCGCGAGUUCGUCCCGACAGGGCGGGCGGACCCGAGCUUACAGACCCAUCCCUGCGCUCAGGGCACAGCGUGCGGCCCCGCGGCGCCUGUCAGCGUGCAAACUCGCCGGCCUGCUGCUUCCUCCGCCGAACAGGCUGCGCGGAACGCAGAGCCUGCGCAAUAGCUGCCGUGAAGUUCCUGAUGCCCUGAACUCUGAAUCUCUCCAAGCCAGGCAGGGCAAGGUUGAGUUGCCGCGUUUUGGACCGCAGAAGCCCACUCUCGGAGCCAUCUCCUUUACAAUUGUGGAAAGGGAUCAGUUCUCCUCGGUUUUAGCUGAAAGGGUUAAAUGCAUACGGGAGACCACUGGAGUGAAAGUCUGCUGUUGAACAAGAUAAGGCAACAGCGAAAAGCACUCAAAAUUGAUGUUACAGCUUCACUCCCUUAUGAUAGACUUAAUGUGAUUUUUAUUAAGGAUUCAUACUUUUUCUUAGAGGUCACUGCCAACUUUAUGUCUGCUCCAGAGAUUAUUCCAAAGGCGUUUAAAAGGAGGAAAGGUGAAGUAAGCAACGCCUUUUUCAGCUAGACAAAUGUAAAUACUUUUAAGACAGUGUGUUGUGGUCAAGGCACGAAUAGAAGAUCCUUGCUGUUUUUCAUUGAUAUUGGAUAACUUUGGGCCUUCAUCAUCCUAAUAUCCCAUACUUUCCCCAUAUCAAGCCCCAGAAAUUAUGUCUCUCUCUUUGUGCCCUCUUAUUAAUCCAUGCCCAUUGUCUCAACAUAGUCAACCAGUUAAUGUAGGCAAAUUUAUUCUUUUACAUAAUUACAAUGUAAUGUUUAUCUUGUGCCAGCUGUGUUGUUCCAGGCACUGGGCCAUUGCACUAAGAAUACAGGUGUACAAACUGUAUACAAAUUAGGUAAUUUAAACAUACACAAAUAAUUGAGAUUUUUGAUAGUCAAUUGUCAUUCAACUCCAUAAACACUGAAUGGUUUCAGUUUGUUAGAUACAACCCUAGCUUUUAGGAAUAAAAAACUUCAAGGACCCCUGGUGCCUGUAAAGUGAUACAGUCAGGAAACAACUACUGUGCAGUGGUAAAUGCUACAGUGGAAACCAAGAUACACAGAUUAAGAGAUUUCUGAUAAAGGACCUGUGAAAAGCCUCAAAGAGUUUAGUGAAGGAAUCUCCUCUGUUCUUCACUCUUUUUCUUUUUGUUUUUAAAUAUUUAUUUUUUUUUUUAAUGUUUACUUAUUUUUGACAGGAGAGACAGAGCAUGAGCAGGGGAGGGGCAGAGAGAGAGAUGGAGACACAGAAUCCGAAGCAGGCUCCAGGCUCUGAGCUGUCAGUAAAUGUUUAUUUAUUUGAAAAAGAGAGCACUAGAUGGGGAAGAGGCAGAGAGAGAGGGAGACACAGAAUCCAAAGUAGGCUGCAGGCUCUGAGCUGUCAGUAAAGAGCAGAGCCUGUCUUGGGGCUCACACUCACCAACCAUGAGAUCAUGACCUGAACCAAAGUCUGAUGCUCAACUGACUGAGCCACGCAGGCACCCCUGUUCGUCACUUCUGCUAUCAGCCCAAGGCCAGAACUUGUUCAGCUCUCUAUUACCCUAUCCAAGUCCUGUCUUUCCAGGUUUUAAAAGUUUCAAAUUUAACUUAGUAUUCCAAAAAUCUCAAGUUUUACACUACAGUUGCUUUUAUUGUGCUCACUUAUCAAUAAAGUAUUUUAAGCCUAUACUACCAAAAUAUUUGUGUUUAUUUUUAAAUUAUGGACUCAUGUAACUGUCAAGUCAUACAUGAAAUAUUAAACUUUUUUUCUUAUUUUAAGGUAAAGGUAAAUAUAAAGUGAUACUAUUUUAUGCAUGUUGCUUUCUGACUACCAUCUUGCUCAAUCCAUGGGAUGCUUGUACCCCCACUUUAAAGAUCACUGCUUUAGGUUGUAAAUUCCAUUAGAAGGGGAAACAUGUUGAAUUUUGCUCAUUGUUUAUCUGCUGAUCUUAGUACAGUCCCUGGUAUAUAAGCUUAAUAAAUAUGUUUUGAGUGAGUGAAUGAGUGAAUUCUUACUCCCUCUCAUCCUCA